AUGGCGGGUAAAGGAGAAGGUCCAGCGAUUGGUAUCGAUCUCGGUACUACUUACUCCUGUGUUGGAGUCUGGCAGCAUGAUCGCGUUGAGAUCAUUGCUAAUGAUCAAGGUAACAGAACCACGCCGUCGUACGUCGCCUUCACCGACAGCGAGCGUUUGAUUGGUGACGCCGCGAAGAAUCAGGUCGCCAUGAACCCGAUUAACACCGUUUUCGAUGCGAAGAGGUUGAUUGGCCGUAGAUUCAGUGACAGCUCCGUUCAAAGCGACAUGAAAUUGUGGCCUUUCAAGAUCAUCCCCGGACCUGCUGACAAACCAAUGAUCGUCGUUAACUACAAGGGAGAGGAUAAAGAGUUCGCCGCCGAGGAAAUCUCAUCCAUGAUUCUCAUCAAGAUGCGUGAGAUUGCCGAAGCCUACCUCGGUUCCACGAUCAAAAACGCCGUCGUCACUGUCCCAGCUUACUUCAACGACUCUCAGCGUCAGGCGACAAAGGACGCCGGAGUCAUUGCUGGCUUGAACGUUAUGCGUAUCAUCAACGAGCCAACCGCUGCUGCCAUCGCUUAUGGUCUUGACAAGAAGGCUACAAGCGUUGGGGAGAAGAACGUUUUGAUCUUUGACCUCGGUGGUGGUACUUUCGAUGUCUCGCUUCUAACCAUCGAAGAAGGUAUCUUUGAGGUGAAGGCGACCGCCGGAGACACUCAUCUCGGUGGUGAGGACUUCGACAACAGGAUGGUGAACCAUUUCGUCCAAGAGUUCAAGAGGAAGAACAAGAAGGACAUUAGCGGAAGCCCGAGAGCGCUAAGGAGAUUGAGAACUUCCUGUGAGAGAGCGAAGAGGACUCUCUCCUCCACCGCUCAGACCACCAUCGAGAUCGACUCUCUCUUCGAGGGUAUUGACUUCUACAUGCCAAUCACACGUGCGAGGUUCGAAGAGCUUAACAUGGAUCUCUUCAGGAAAUGUAUGGAGCCUGUUGAGAAGUGUCUUCGUGACGCUAAGAUGGACAAGAGCUCGGUCGAUGAUGUCGUCCUAGUCGGUGGAUCAACACGUAUCCCCAAGGUCCAGCAGUUGCUUCUCGACUUCUUCAACGGCAAAGAGCUCUGCAAAUCAAUCAACCCCGACGAGGCCGUUGCUUACGGUGCAGCUGUCCAGGCGGCUAUUCUCAGCGGUGAGGGUAACGAGAAGGUUCAAGAUCUCCUCUUGCUUGACGUCACGCCACUCUCUCUCGGUCUUGAAACUGCUGGUGGAGUCAUGACGACUUUGAUCCAGAGGAACACAACCAUCCCCACGAAGAAGGAGCAAGUCUUCUCAACCUACUCAGACAACCAGCCCGGUGUCUUGAUCCAGGUCUACGAAGGAGAGAGGGCAAGAACCAAGGACAACAAUCUCUUGGGUAAGUUCGAGCUCUCUGGCAUCCCUCCAGCUCCAAGAGGAGUUCCUCAGAUCACCGUGUGUUUCGACAUUGACGCAAACGGUAUCCUCAACGUCUCUGCGGAGGACAAGACGACGGGGCAAAAGAACAAGAUCACAAUCACCAACGACAAGGGAAGGUUGUCCAAGGACGAGAUUGAGAGAAUGGUUCAAGAGGCGGAGAAGUACAAGUCAGAGGACGAAGACCACAAGAAGAAGGUGGAAGCCAAGAACGCUCUUGAGAACUACGCGUACAACAUGAGGAACACGAUCAAGGACGAGAAGAUUGGCGAGAAGCUGGCGGCUGAUGAUAAGAAGAAGAUUGAAGACUCGAUCGAGGCAGCCAUUGAGUGGCUUGAAGGGAACCAGUUGGCGGAGUGCGAUGAGUUUGAGGACAAGAUGAAGGAGCUCGAGAGCAUCUGCAACCCGAUCAUAGCCAAGAUGUACCAAGGUGGUGAGGCUGGUGGUCCAGCUGCAGGAGGAAUGGACGAGGAUGUCCCACCUUCCGCCGGAGGUGCAGGUCCCAAGAUUGAGGAGGUCGACUAA